AUGUCACAUACAAGCGACAACGCAACAAGUAAUAAAAGAGCAAUAUUUGACCUAUUUGAUAACAAUUCCAUUACCACUAAUUCUACUACUACCACCACCAUCGCCACCACUACUUAUAACAAUCAAGAAACUACUAUAACUAAUAGGUAUCCACUAGAUAUGGGAAGCGUAGAAAGUAAAGAUUUAUUAGUGAAACUUCGAGAUGACAACGAGUUAUCAGAUAAUGAUAUAUUCACAACCAACUCGUCAUCGUCAAUUAGCUCGCUAUUUGAUUUACCAUCAUCGCUAUACUCGAGACAACAACUAUAUACAACUACAGUAACUCCUAUUUUAUCGAGAAAUGAUUCGAUGAAAUUUAAACACAUGACUCCUGCAUUGCAACUCCUAACGUCGCCCGAUGAGUUUACUUCUAAACUAGACUCGAAGUUAAAGCAGCAGCAGCAGAAACAACAACAGCAGCAGCAGCAACAGUGGCAACAGUGGCAACAGCGGCAACAACAAGCAGAACUAGCUAAAUCUAAAUCCAUACCAACUCAACAUUUUCAUCGCCAUUGUCAUGCUACAAAAUUAGUAGUGUUGUUAGUGGGACUACCAGCAAGUGGCAAAUCAACCAUUUGUAACCAAUUCAAAAACUACAUUGGCGAAACAACAUCAUACCGCAGUGAGAUAUACAACGCCGGCGAUGUACGAAGGAGGAAAUCGUUUGGUGUUUUUAAUGACUCAACUUUUUUCGAUCCGAAAAAUAACCAAGCAAGACAGGAUCGGGAAUUAUACGCUACCAUCACAUUAAACCAUCUCAUUUCAGAUAUGACUAAUGACAUUGUUGAUAUCGGUUUCCUAGAUGCAACAAACACUACUCAGGAAAGAAGAAAUCGGAUGCUAGAAUCAGUACACUCGGCACAAACAGGCUAUAAGCUCCGUACAAUGAUUCUUGAUGUCCAGUGCACAGACACAAAUUUGAUCAAUUAUAAUAUAGUCAAGGGUAAAGUGAAUAACCAAGAUUAUCAAAACAAGAGCAACCAAUUAGCAAUACUGGAUUUUAAGAGAAGAUUAAAUCAUUACAAGACAGUUUACGAGCCUGUCACAUGGCAAGAAUUGGAUGAUUAUGAACAGAGAGAUAUGAUUCAAAUUUAUGUCAAGUGCAUUAAUGCAGGUGAACUGUUUGAAGUUAACAAGACUAAAUUUGUAGAGGAAGAAUUGGAACGUGAGGAGGAAAUGAGUGAAGCUGAGAAGAGUGAAGAAGAUUUGGAUAAAUGGUACAUUGAUAUUAUUGACGAGUUUAGAAGCAAAUAUAAUGAUUUGGAGGGGAAAAAGUAUCACGAGAAUGUAGAAAGAUGGGUAAACAGCGAAGAGCAUAUGAUUAAGGAAGAUGAAAGGGAAGAGUAA